AUGGAGUACAAUGACGAGCUAUGGGGAAGGCAUCGACGAGCCGUUCACGCGAUAUGUGAGAGUAUGAGGCAGGCUACUCGGGAUCAAGUAGGCCUCAGUCUUGCGCAGAAAGUACCCUGUAGUGCCCCCAGUCAGCUCUUGGGCCUCAACCAGGUAGUAGAGAUUGAUCGAGACAGAUUCAUCGCUUCGGUCGAGCCAAAUGUCACCAUGGAGGCGCUAGUUCAAUUGACGAAGAUAGAGGGGCUGAUCCCCACCGUAAUUGCUCCUUCGAGGGCCACAACUGUAGCGGACGCUUUUGCCACUGCGACUUUCGGAUCUUCGUCUUUCCAGUUCGGGACUUUUGAUUGCGCAGUUUUGUCUCUUGAGGCUGUCCUUCCUGAUGGACAGUACGUCAUGGCAAAGCUCGGUGAUGGUGAUGAUGCAGAUCGGCUGUUCGAAAUUUUAGGCGCGCCGGACAGCCCUGCCCUAAUCACACUACUAGAAAUUGCGCUCACCCCAGCGUGGGGUUAUGUCGAGAUGACCUACUGGCCCGUCUCUUCGGUAUCGGGCGCAAGGCUCCGAAUGGAGCCUAAAGGACCCAACUCGCUAAUUCUCGAUAGAGCGGCGGUGGAUGAAUCCACCGACUUCGUGGACAGUGUCAUGUUCGACUAG